AUGGAAACAAUUGGUGGUAGCAGUGGGGGUGAAAAUACAAGUACGGCUGCUACUGCACAUUCAACGAUUGAUCCAAGCAAGGAUCCGAAAAGGAGAGCUAAGUCAAAUGAUCCUGGAUGGAAAUAUGGGUAUUGGCCUAACUUAGGUGGCAAGCGAGUCGGGAUUAUUGGGAUGGGAAGUAUUGGCUCUGAAGUUGCAAAAAGGCUUGAGCCCUUUGGAUGCAGAAUCUCAUACAAUUCAAGGAAGAAGAAGCCUCGUGUUGCAUUUCCAUUCUAUUCUAAUGUCCAUGACCUUGCAGCUAACAGCGAUGUUCUCAUCCUUUCUUGUGCAUUGACCAAGGAAACGUACCACAUAAUUAAAAGGGAUGUACUAUUGGCACUGGGAGAGAAAGGAGUCAUUAUUAAUGUGGGACGUGGGGCUCUCAUUGACGAGAAGGAGUUGGUUCAAUGUUUGGUGCAAGGAGAAAUUGGUGGCGCUGGUUUGGAUGUGUAUGAAAAUGAGCCAAUUGUGCCCAAAGAGCUCUUUGUCUUGGAUAGCGUUGUAUUGUCUCCACAUAAAGCUGUGUUAACACCAGAAUCCUUUGCAGCAUCGUCUAAAAUGGCUAUGGGCAACUUGGAGGCUUUUUUUGCAGGUAAACCCUUACUGUCUCCAGUGAAGGAUGAAUAA